AACUCCAGCCGGACGCAUCCGGACGUAGAGGCGGAUACGAGUCUGUCUUGUAGUAGAUGCGCAGAUGAAGAUGCCAGAUGUACAGCCGCAUUGGUUAUGUUUCCUGUUUUUUGCAUUGUUUUUCCGUCUCGGGGAAGCGGUAGAGAUCUCCGUAUGGAACAUAGAGAUCAACUCGACACAAGAGGAACACAAUGUCGUGUUUCGGAAGACGCUGUACAGCAACACCACCAUUUUCAUGAGGUUCCAGGGUGACCCAGCGUCUUGUGACAAAAACCUGGCCUUCAACAUCAGCUGGUACCUGCGCUCCUCUGUUUGCUACAAUGAGGUCUUCAACACAGCCGACAGCAAAGCCAUUACCAUGUUUGGCAUGCACCACAUGCUGAAAGAAGGCUGGAGCGGCUUCUACAGUGAGGGAUACGUUUACUUUGACAACUGCUCCUCCCUCUUCUCACCGAAGGUGUAUUACCCAGAGUUCUACCCAUACCAGCCCCUCACCAGCCAAUAUGUUGAGAGUGACCCUUCCAAUCAGAGCCUUAUUUGGCCAGACAAGCCGGAUAUCGGUGCAGCGGCCAAAGCCUGGGAGGACAGUCCGUACCUGUUCAUAGUGAAGGUGCAGCCUUUGUCCCACGGCGUUGAGGCCGAAGCCGCGUCGCACAACUUCGCUUUCACAAUGAAAGUUGAGAUGAAGGGACCACAUGAGUACUCUUCCCCAGCAGACUGGCCCCUGAUGAUGUUCUUCAUGGUCAUGUGCAUUGUGUACGUGCUGUUCGGGGCUCUCUGGCUCUUCUGGUGUGCCUGCUACUGGAGGGACCUGCUGCGGAUCCAGUUCUGGAUCGGUGCCGUCAUCAUCCUCGGCAUGCUGGAGAAAGCUGUGUUUUACUCUGAAUAUCAGAGCAUCCAUUACAAAGGAGACUAUGUUCAAGCUGCUGUGAUUUUUGCCGAGCUACUUUCUGCACUCAAAAGAUCUCUGGCCCGAAUCCUGGUCCUCAUUGUCAGUCUUGGAUACGGCAUUGUCAAGCCCCGGUUAGGAACCACAGUCCCCCGGCUGGCUGCCGUCGGCCUUCUCUACCUGCUCUUCUGCUCCGUGGAAGGCGUCCUAAGAGUGACGGGUGGUUUCUACGGGACGGUCGCCCUCGUGGCCAACCUCAGCCUGUCCCUCAUUGACUCGUGCGUCAUGUGGUGGAUUUUCAUCAGCCUGUCUCAAACCACUCGUCUGCUGAAGCUGCGCAGAAACAUCGUGAAACUCUCGCUGUAUCAGCACUUCACCAACACCCUCAUCUUCUCCGUCGUCGCUUCCAUCAUAGUCGUCAUCUGGACCACCAGAGUCUUCAAGCUGGUGGACUGCCAGACGGGCUGGAGGGACUUGUGGGUGGACGACGCCUUCUGGCGCCUCCUGUUCUCCACCAUUCUGCUGGUCAUCAUGGUGCUGCUGCGGCCUUCUGCCAACAACCAGCGGUUCUCCCAUUCUCCUCUGAUUGAUGAAGAUGAUGACGAGGAAGAGGCCAAGGAACCAAUGCUGAGUGAAGCGUUUGAGGGCAUGAAGAUGAGAGGAUCAAAGCCUGACUCUAAUGGCUCCCAGAAACUAUUGAGUAAAGAGGAUGAAGACCUGAAAUGGGUCGAGGAGAACAUUCCCACGACUGUUGCUGAUGUAGCGCUCCCUGCAAUGCUGGAUGAAGAAGAGGAAAUCCUGAAAACCAAGAUGGAGAGAUCCAAAAUGGAGUAAUGGAGAAGUGAAUGCGAGAUGAUGCGAGAGUGAAGGCAAAUUUCACUGAGACAGCAAUGAAUGCGUUCUCAGUGAUUUCGUUACCAAAAAAACAAAAAAACCUGUUCUCUAUGUCACAUGUAACACAGUAAUGAGAGAGAGAGAGAGAGAGAGAGAGAGGCUUGUAAUUUGCAGGCCUCUGAUGAUGGAUUUUAAAUCCGCCUGUUGGGUUGAUUUGGCGGAUCCUUGUACAAACAGAAACACACAAGUUAAUGUGCAUAAUAAGAUUAUAUUUAACACACAGUUCUGGACACUUGAACUCUUCAGAUACGCGCUGUGCCAUUCAACUAAAUGUAGAAAAAAACACGCCGUUGUCAACAGGCGUUACAGAACUGUCACAUGAUGGCGUGCGUUAAAUGUUGAAUGAGCAGGCGUGGAGCUGAAAGCGUUGCUUUUACCAAAUGAGGGUGUAUUUCCUGAGCUCACUUCUCAUGGCCACACAAAGCGAAGGAAGGGUCAACACUCGUCUGGCUCACUGGCGACUUCCUGUUCCUCUACGGGGAGUAACGGCCACAUCGAUACUUGAAGCAUAUCUCAGUUGUCAGGGUGAAACUGCAUUUGUGGGCUUUUGAGGGGGGAAGUGGGGGGGGGGGGGGGGUGGUGUUGUUUCUUGAGUUCACUGGAACGCACUGUUUUCCAGGGUGGGAGAAUGUAACUUAAUAUAUUUAUUACAACAUAUUUAGCUUCUCACAUGAAUAGUGUUUUAAAAAGUGAAAACAUCUUUCAGCUUCUGAAUCACAGAAUUGACGGAUGCACUAAAUUCAAGUGUGCGUUGGAUUAACUGAGUGUGUGUGUCAUUCUUUGUUAAAAGCCCGCAGCCAAAUUCAGCAGCACGUUGUACAUGCUAAUUUCAUUUCAUUUGAAUUUCCCUGCAUUUAAGAUUAUUUUGAGCCUCACCCCUUCACACUGCAAGUGAUCUUGCCUCAUGUGGCAGAAUGACAUCCCGUCCUUGUGCAAUCUACUGCAGUACGUGUGCGUAUUCUAAACUCCUUAUCCAUGUUUUUCUUAUAUUGUUGUUGAGGAUACUAAGUUCAAAGUGACUAAAGCCCAAUGUCUGCAUUGUAAUGUGAAGAUGAUGACAUUGUAUGGCUUUUUCUGUAUGUCCUGCAAAUAAAAUUUAUAAUGAAACAUUA